AUGAAGCCGCACAAGAGAAGCAUCCGUGACUUCUUCUCCCCUGCCCCGCCGCAAACAAAUAUACACCCCCCCGCACCAUUGCAGACAGCGCCAGUCCCACCCACCACCAGCAGGCGCAUUACCUCCAAUGGCACAGAGGUCGUGCUCAAUUCAGACUCCGAUGAUGACUCCCUCCCCGAUCUCGACUUUGGCGUCACUGCCCCAAAGCCCAACCCCCCAAAGACGGCCACAAUCACCACCCGAUACAAGCGCACCUCCGACAACGAUGAAGACGGACUACGCAUACCCACCAAGAAGGCCAGGGACGAUAAGAAAAAGUUCGACACCCUAGUACAGACGGCCCAGAAGAAUCUCGAGACUGAGCGCAAGAUCCAGGAGCACAAAGCCGUGCUCAACAAGGCUGUGGAAGAGCCAGUGACUAUGCGAAUCACCAUCAACGAGGAAACACUCGGUCAGGCCGUGCAAGAUGACGAUGAUGACCCGCACAAAGCCCAUCGGCUCCUCCAAGCCAUGCAAAGAACAAACGCUACGCAAAUGGAAACCGUCUUUUACUUUUUUGAACAUGACGUAGACACGAUCCCUAUGCAGACCAAGUUUCCCAUCAAUGUCCUUCCCCAGCAUCGCUGGGCUUCAAACUUCCAGCGGCCCGACACCAGAGACCAGGCAUUCAUGACCGGCUUUGCACAGCACGUGUUCCGUAUCCAAGAGCUUCCCAAAGAGUUGGCCUCAUGGAUGAUUGAUCAAAUUUGCUAUAACCAAAAUGAGGCGCUUAAUUGCAAGUACCUUGAAAUCCUCGAGGCUCACCAUGCCCAUCUCCAUGACCUGCUCGACUCACAAAGACUCGACGCUAUAUUCAAAAGCAUAGGCACCAACAUCACACAACUCGAGUCGAAUACUCAGCUGCUUCCGCAAUCUGUCUCGCAAUCUGAAAUCAAAACGUUUAUUCCGCCAUUUUUGAAACCAAUCACUAGACUGCUUACUCGAGCCGCGCCAUGGUUGAAAACAGCCACUCGCAGCCAUGCAUUAUAUCUACUAUGUCACGUAUGCUUGGAUACCCGUGUUACCGCAGACUUUGACGUUCUGUAUGCUGUACAAGACUCCAUGGAAGCCAUUAUUUGCAAUUUCACCGACAACAACAAGCUAAUAUCAGGCCUCAACACAAUCAUGCCCCAGCUACUAACCAAAAUCACCCAUCCUGUAUUACAGAGAAACUUGACCUGCGCCCUUCCAGCAAAGUGCCCAUUGACCGCAUACCUCCAGCGCCAUCUGGCUCUCUCGUUCCUGCUUUACCCAACACCAGUCAGCACGUCUCUUGCAGAUCAUACGGCACAUAACCUUGUACUUGACCACGUUGCAAAUUCACCCGACUUCUUCAUAAAUAAGAGUACUGACUAUGGCCGCCUCGCCGCCCGGCUGGCCCUUCUCGAUAUCGCCAUUGGACCAGGGCUCCUGGCUGUGCCGUACCAGCCGUUGUCAAGUUCAGCACCGUCCGAAGCAGGCUCUUCCCCAAUUCAAGCUCCAGUGCCGGCUUCAUCAGAGGUUAGGCAGUUUAACGAGCAGAUCGAUGCACUUGCGCAGCAGAUCAAGCUUCUAGGCAAUUCUAUUGUCGAAGCUGGCGCGGUGGUGGACAUUGCGAUUCUAGAAACCAAAAACUCUGUAGAGCGAAUGUGCGCACGAUUGGAACAUGCGUCGCGAAUAGGCGGCAAGAAGAUUCACGACGUUUUUGGGAAUGACGAGGAAGACAGCCAGCUCCGGCUCAGCAAGUUCUUCAAAAAGACACACAAGUCAUCGCCAUCUGCACCCUCGCGCGGCAUCUUCAAGCAGAAUGAAGAGUCUGAUCUUGACUUGGUCGAUGCUGCGCAGACUUGA